AUGAUCUUUGCUGAUGUAGAUGUCACAAAAGAGCCAAUUCCUGUCAUUCCUACUGUGCAUUAUUGUAUGGGUGGUAUUCCAACCAACUACAAAGGAGAAGUAAUUAGCUACACUAAGGAAAAAGGCGACCAGGUUGUGCCAGGUCUUUAUGCCGCUGGAGAAUGCUCGGCGCAAUCUGUUCAUGGUGCAAAUCGUCUUGGAGCUAACUCACUUCUUGACAUUGUCAUUUUCGGAAGAGCUGCUGCCUUGAGCAUUCUCGAACAUACUAAGCCCGGUGUUGGAGUGCCAGAUUUACCAAAGGAUGCUGGAGAGUCAUCUGUUGAAAACAUUGAUACCCUGCUUCACAGAAAGGAUGGCCCGUCUACCGCGAAAGUCAGGCUGCAGUUGCAGAAAACUAUGCAGAAGCACGCUGCUGUGUUUAGGCGUGGCGAUAUCCUUCAGGAAGGUGUCAAGAAAGUGCAGGAUAUCUACAAAGAGAUUAACAGGUUACAUGUGUUGGAUAGCAGUUUGAUCUGGAACAGCGAUCUGAUAGAAACUUUGGAGCUUCAAAAUCUUCUUAUCAAUGGAAUACAGACAAUUGUUGCUGCCGAGGCUAGAAAGGAAUCGCGUGGUGCCCAUGCUCGUGACGAUUUCCCCAAACGUAUUGACGAGUAUGAUUAUAGCAAGCCAGUCGAAGGGCAAAAGAAGAAGCCAAUUGAGGAGCAUUGGCGUAAGCACACCAUGAUCCACGUCGAUGUUCCCACCGGCAAUGUGAAAUUGGACUACCGCCCAGUCAUCGACAAAACUUUGGACAAGAGCGAAACAGACUGGAUCCCUCCAAAGAUCCGUUCAUAUUAA